CACAGCGGAGCUAGAAGCAGCACAGAGGUUUCUAGAACAGAAAGCCAGGGAAAAUUUGCCGCUUUUCCUCACUCAACUUUCUGAGAUCCUUGCAAAUGCCGAUAAGGCUCAUGUCGCUCGCAUUGCAGCGGGUUUACAGCUGAAGAAUGCACUUGUAUCCAAAGAUCCCAAUAUACGGCUUCAGCUCCAACAAAGAUGGUUAGCGCUCUCAGCAGAAGUCAGGAACAAUAUCAAGAGACAAGUUUUAAUGACAUUGGGUACAGAGUACCAGGGUCCCAGCUCAGCUGCACAAUGUAUAGCAGGAAUAGCGUGUACCGAGCUUCCUGGUAAGUUAUGGCCAGAGCUUUUACCUCAGUUGGUCAGCAAUGUCCUCAACACUGCUCAAGGCACUGACCACCUCAAACAGAGUUCCUUAGAGGCUAUCGGAUACAUCUGCCAAGAUAUCGAGCUAAAAUAUGUAGGAGGAAGCUCAAAUGAGAUUCUAACAGCGAUCGUCCAGGGAAUGCGGCAAGAAGAGAUGAAUAUGUAUGUUAAAUUGGCUGCUACCAACGCAUUGCUGAAUUCAUUGGAAAUUACAAAAGCCAACUUUGAAAAAAGUUCAGAGAGGCAUGUCAUCAUGGAGGUUGUAUGUCAGGCUACACAAAGUACAGAUACACAGGUGAAGGUUGCUGCCCUCCAGUGUCUGGUUAAGAUCAUGUCGCUUUAUUACGUCCACAUGGAAGACUACAUGAGAAGCGCCCUCUUUGCUAUCACGAUAGAUGCCAUGAAGAGCGAAAUAGAUGAAGUUCGGCUGCAAGGAAUAGAAUUCUGGUCAAACGUUUGUGAUGAGGAGAUGGACUUGGCAAUAGAGGCUUCAGAGGCAGAGGAGAUGAACAGGGCACCUGAACACACAAGUAAAUUCUAUGCUAAAGGAGCAUUGGAAUACUUGGUGGAUAUCCUUGUCAAUACCCUAACAACACAGUUAGAUGAAAAUGAUGAUGAAGAUGAAUGGAAUCCAUGUAAAGCAGCAGGAGUCUGUUUGAUGCUUCUAGCUAACUGUUGUGAAGAUGAUAUCGUCGCCCAUGCCGUUCCCUUCAUCCAAACUAAUAUCAGAUCAGAAAAUUGGCAAUUCAGAGAUGCUGCUGUCAUGGCAUUUGGUUCCAUCCUUGAAGGUCCUAGUGAAUCGAUACUCAACCCCUUGGUAAUGGAAGCCUUCCCUACCCUUAUUGAACUUCUGUCUGAUCCCUGUGUCGUUGUCAGGGAUACGGUUGCUUGGACACUAGGUCGUAUCUGUGAACUCUUACCCCAGGCCGUCCUGGGCCAGCCGCACUUUGAUAGUUUACUAGGAGCUCUCAUUGAAUGCUUAGGAAAUGAACCUAGAGUAGCUGCCAACGUCUGCUGGGCAUUUUCAAGUCUAGCAGAAAACGCAUAUGAAUCGGCUUCAGCAGAGAGUGACAAAGAGCCUGAGACUUACUGCUUAUCAAAAGCAUUUCAGAUCAUUGUUGCAAAACUACUAGAAACAGCAGAUAGGGUUGACGCCCAUCAAGCCAAUUUGAGGAGCGCAGCUUACGAAGCCUUGAUGGAGAUGGUGAAGAAUUCAGCUACAGAUUGUUAUCGCUUUGUCUUGGAUACCACAAACCUCAUCCUGCGUAGGAUACAUCUCAUUCUACAGAUGGAGUCGCAUGUUGUAACUGCUUCAGAUAGAACACAGUACAAUGAUCUUCAGAGUCUACUUUGUGCUACACUACAGAGUGUUCUUCGGAAAAUGAAGCCAGAAGAUGCAAUCAAUAUUUCUGACAAUGUGAUGAAUGCUCUGCUCCAGAUGUUUGAUAAUACAAGGGGCACAGGAGGAGUUCAAGAGGAUGCUUUACUUGCUGUUGGUACUCUUGUUGAGGUCAUUGGUAUGGACUUUCUGAAGUACAUGGAGCUCUUUUCACCAUUCCUAUACAUUGGUUUGAAGAACUAUGAAGAAUACCAGGUGUGUUUGGCUGCUGUGGGAUUAGUAGGCGAUAUCUGUAGAGCACUCAACAAAGAGGUUCAUCCAUACUGUACUCAGAUUAUGACAUUACUUCUUGAGAACAUUCAGAAUGACUUUGUACAUAGAACUGUAAAGCCUCAGAUCCUAUCUGUCUUUGGUGAUAUAGCCCUAGCCAUAGGAAAUGAUUUCCUACAUUAUCUUCCAGUGGUACUCGUCACCCUUCAACAGGCAUCUUCUGCUGAAAUAGAAAAGACGGACUUUGACAUGAUUGAUUAUCAGAAUGACCUGAGAGAAGGAUGUCUAGAAGCAUACACUGGAAUCGUGCAAGGAUUGAAGCGAGAUGAUAAGUCCACAACUAGCGAUGAAGUCAAGGAAUUAUUCCGUAAUGUUAGUCACAUGGUGAGCUUCAUAGAGCACUUAGGUGCUGAUGAAGACCACACUGACAGCAAUGUAGCUGCCUGUGCUGGUCUCAUUGGGGAUCUAUGUGCUGCCUUUGGGGCUGAAAUGCUUGUCUUCUUUGAGCGGAAAUCCAUCCAAGAACUGUUAACGGAGGGUCGUAGGUCAAAGGUCAUGAAGACCAAGACACUAGCUACGUGGGCAACCAAAGAAAUCAGGAAGCUAAGACCCUCACUAGAUAACAAAUCUCAGUGAAAAGAAGCUUUUCAGCAAGCCCCAAUAAGCUGUUUCCAUGGCAGCCAUGCACUCCAUGACGAACGGAACCAUGAUGGAUCGACCAAUCACCGAACUAUGUCUUCAUUCUUGCAUCUGAUUCCACUUUAAUUCAAGUAAAAACAAUAUCCCAAGCUUCUUAUUGGAAUGUUAGAGGGAUGAAAGGAGAUGAGAGUCUGUUUGAUGUGAAGCAUUUGAAGAGAGGGAGAGAAAGAGUGUGAGAAUGAGGUUGAGUGCAUGUUGGAGAAUGUGUCUUUCACCAUUGCAAGACACAAUGUGUGUAUGUGUGUGUGAUAGCAUUCAUUGUAAUACAAUGAUGCAUCUAUAUCAAAUACAAAUCACAAAUAAACAAACAAGGGAAAAGGAAACCAGUACUCUUCUUGCAGAUUAAUUCUCAGGAUAUUUUUUUGUUAGUGUAUUUCAAGGUGAUUUUUUUUUUUUGAAACUUAUUCAGAAUAAUUGAUUCCUAACCUGAUACUUAAUAUUACUAGUCCUUUUAAGUUACCCUUUUUUAUUUCAAAGAUAUGACUUUGUUACAUUUUCUCUUUUUUAUUGUAUAGUACAAAUUCCAUGCCUUCCAGUGAUAUAACAAUGUUAAAUUUUUUGUUGGAAUAUGAAUUUGGCAUUUUCGACUUGCAAUAUAUCAGCCAAAAGGAAUUAGAGUUGUAAACAAAUAUGGUGAAAUUUGAUUUCCCUAUAAAGGUUUAAACUGAUUUAUUUAUAAUUUAUUUGUGAAGUUCAUCAUGCUCAUUGAAACCAAUUCAAUCAAUGAAUUGAUAUGUUUAUUAAUUUGUACUUGGUUGAUUUCCAAAGCCUGUAUUGAAAAAAAAAUUAACUACAAGAAUGCUACUGUAUGAUUGUUCAUGUCUCUUACUAAAGAACAACUGAUGUGAUAUCAACACACAUCUGAAUAUCCUCUGUUUUGUAUAAUCACCCACCACAUAUUACAUGAUCCAUCUGCAAUAUGAUUUAUGAAAAAUCAUAGUACUGUAUGAAUAGUUAAGCUAAAAUUUUUGGAUACGGAGAGCUUCCUUAUAUUUAUAGAAGAAAAAUAAUUUCCUUAUUAUGAUGGCUGAGUAGUCUAUUAAGGAUAAACUAUGAUUUCAAGUAAUUUUGUACCUCCCUUUUUUAAAGUUGAUUAAGUUUGAGUAUUCUUAUAUAAUGAAACUUAUCCAACUUGUGAUUGGAACUUUCUCAAGCCAUUUACUGUAAUAUCUAGUUAUAGUCAGACCGUGUAAUGUACAAUUGGAUGUUGUCUCAUGUGGAGACUUAAAACUUAUUUGUUCAUAUUUUUUCUAGUGUGAUGUAAUUUCACCCUCCUUUUCUAACCUGCCAAAAAUAUUUGCCAUUAUUUUUGAUGAAUUUUCUUUACUAUGUCAUUUCCAUAUGAUGGAAAACAUUGUUUGAUGGGUACUUUUAUACAGUUUCAAAAACAAAAUGUCCACCCCUGUUCAUGUGGGAUGCUUUAUUUGACAGAUAUUAUAAAGUAGGAUUGACUGAUCACAGUCAUUAUGAGAUUUGACCUUCUUUCAAACAAACAAAAAAUUUGGCCAUCAAUUUUCUUUAAAAAUAACUUUUAUGGAAGAAGGUUAUGAAAAGAAACCAAAAUCCUAUGAAUUUAUCCAAAGUACAUAAAUAAAACAAAGUAAUGAGAGUUGAUAAAAUUUCUGAUGUGUAAAGCAUGAAUGAGUGUGAAUGUGGAUGGAUGUGAAAAUGCCCUCCAGUGGAAAAAAAAGAUACAAGACCAUGUCCAAUACAGUUUUACCAAUCUGUUGUAAACUUUUCCCCAUACAUAAUUUGUUGCACAGUGCUUUAUUGCAAACUAUUCUCUGUUUAAUUCAUCACUCCUUUUAUUUUUUUGUAUGUGUGGGGUUUAUUUAAGAAUUUGGGUAGGCAUGAGAUAAAAGGAACCAUUUCAUAGGGGUGUGAGAGUUCGGAUUUUUAGCUGAUUUCAGAUUUUUUUUUGCUUAUUUUUUGCUUUCCUCUGUGCAGAAUGUACGGGAGCUCUUUCUAUUUCAGACUUUUUGAACACUCUUCAGCUUUUUUCAUAUCUUAUUUGUGACCACUCACACCCCUGACUUCAACAAAAAUAUUUUUUCCUUAUUAUUAACCAUUCUCAAGUUCAGACACCAAUCUACAGUUUUCAAGGUCAGACUGUAUAUUAUUAUGUUUGAUAGGGCAAUUCAUUAGAGUGUCUAAGAUAAUUAUAUAACAAUCCAUGUCAUAACUGCAAAUAUUGAUGAUAAUUCAUAUUAGUUCAUAGUUUGCUGCCCAUCUUCAGGUUUUUUUUUAUAUUUGUGAUAUUAAAGCUAUUAGGAGCAUGUUGCAGGAUAUUAUGCAUAUACCCAUGAAAUCAACAAAAUAACAUUUCAUGACUUAGAGCCUACUAUAAUAAGUCUAGAGUUCUAGACACUUAAGUUGUCAAACAUAGUACAUGUAUCUUUUUUGGGGGGCAACAUUUCUAUGGAGUUCAUAUUUGCGGCCCUAAGUUAUUUAUUUUAUAGUUGGUAAACCUGAAAUCUAUUUGAGAUUUUAUUGAAUUAUUCUGAUAAGUUGGUUGAAUAAUCUUACAAUGAAUACCUUACAAUGGAUUUUUCUUUCAGAGGAAUCCUGUAUAUGACUAGUAAUUUGUAAAAUGUAGGUAGUAUAAUAUUCGUUUCUUAGUGGGUCUUUCUUCUCUGAAAAUGUACUCAGAAAGUGGGUGAUUCCAUUUUGCUUUACAGGGGUGAGCAGAUUCUAAUGCAUUUGAAAAAUAUUGUAAUUAUAUAUACUGACUUUUUGAAGUACAAAAAAGAGAAAGACUGGGCCAUUCUGGUACUCCUCUUGAGGCAGCAGAAGUUAAAUGAAUUAUGGUACUUGGCGUCUCCCUCAGAAUUGUCAUUAUUUAUUUAAUUAUUCAAAUUGGCAAUGCUUUUUGUGAAAAUUUAUGAAUAUUCCAAAGGAAGACGUGCAUUACAGCUGGUUUGUAAAAUUGAAAACAGAAAAAAAAGAAGUGGAGAGAAAAGAAAAAAACUAUGCAAAAUACAAAGUCCUACUUGUUCCCGUUUACAAAAUUACUGAAGAGUACUAUUGUGUCUUGUAAAAACUUGUUACUUGUUUCUUUGUCUGCUCAACAAACUCAAAAUGAGAAAAUAAAAAUGGUCCAGUCUUUUGCGCAAGACAACAGAAGAGAAUUACUAAAGAA